CUCUCUCUCUCUCUCUGUCUCUGUCUCUGUCUCUGUCUCUCUCUCAACAGUUUGCAUCCCCCUCUCAGCCCUGCAGAGAAUGGAGACUCUCUUCUGAAGAACAGUGACCGAGUCAAGGACCUGCUCAGUGAUGAGAAGGGGCGAGACGUGCAUGCCUCGCUCAUGGACUUUCUGGCAGCCAAUGGCAUUGACCCAAUAGGUCACAGCAACAGCCCUCAAGAGAAGUUGGCCAGUGACAUGCUAGAUGAACUCAUGUCCCUAAAGAGGCUAUUGGUGGGCAGCAUCAGCCUAUCAGAAGACUCCCAAGUGGACGGUGAGAACGGAGGGGCGGGGCCUGAGGUACAGGAUGAGGUUGAUGGAUGUCAGGCACCAGCUUCAGAGGAGGCCACCUCUGAUGGACAGAGGGCAGAAGGAGGGGCAGAGGAAGGAGAGAUGAAGAGAGAGGAGGAGGGUGGCAUCAGCACUCCCAUGGUGCUGUCGCAGGAGCGCAUGGAGGAGGUGCAGCAGAGGCUGGAGAGCAUGGAGGAGAAGCUGAGGAAACUGCAGAGUGUUGAAGAAGAGCAUCACAAGUUGCAGGAGCUGCUUGCAAAGUUUUCCCUUCAGAGAGGGAACUACCAGUGAGAUGCCCCCUUCUGGACACAAGGACCACAUCAUGUGCUGGAUUUGAGUGCAAGAGUUAUGGUUUUUGGGGGAAGGAUCGAUUAAUGCUGCCUGAAGUUUGCUGUUCCCCCGCUCUCUCGGCAAUCGACUGCUUUUCCUCACGCCUCUGAGGAUGGACAAGGAUCGGCAGGGCUAAAGUACUGUACUGCAGGGUAGCGAUGCAGGAAUGAGGUGUGUGUGUGUGUGUGUGUGUGUGUGUGUGCGCGCAUACGUAAGAGUAAAAUGAAGAGAUGUGUGAACAGGUGCCAAAGAGUGUUUUAAAAGGUUAAUCGUGUGAAGGAGAGACAGAGAAACUGCCUUCACGGAUCAGGAGCCCCACCCCUUCCCCUCAGUGAUCCACACGAGCAUGCUCAAAUAACUGCAACAUUCUUCUACCCCCUAACCGCCCUCGCCGGCUAAAAAGACACAGAAUGCAAAAUGCAACUCUGCCUCAGCUGCAAAUGGCACAGCCUGAUUGGCACAUCCAUCCAAAUGCAACCUAUUUAUGCAUGCAAAAGAGAGAUGGUUAUUGAAGCGUCUCAAAGGCUGCUGUUUGCCAAGACGGUGGGAAUACGCCACACACUUGGCUUAUUUACAUUUGCUGUAGCGUCGGGAGAGGCCCCAAUCAGGCUAAGUUCAAAAUAACACACACACACACACACAUUAUUUAUUUCAAUUAGUAUUUUUCAUUUCUGUAAAAUAUGUUAUUAUUUUUUUCUCCAUCCCAUUUUAAAUGAGCUUGUGUGUGUGAGAAUGUGUAUUCUCUGUUUAUAAAAGGCAUACUUAAUUAGGUAGGUGUAGUUUUUGGUUUAUCCCAUUUAAAGUAUUUUUUUUAUAUAAUUCUCAUUUUGUAUCCACGUCUUUAUUGCAACCAUGGCCAAAAUUUAGGUACAUUAGUGCACAUUUGCGUUUCCUAGGGGUUGAGUUGAACUGAUGGGACUGUUCUUAUUCCUGCAAAGUUGCUGUGUUUGUGACGUUUUUGGUGUGACCGUGUGACUGACUCGGGAUCAGUUAAGCAUGACUUUUUGAAACGGAAUUCAGGUUAAGUCUUUUGUCUAACCUGUAGAUAGAUGUUGGAAUGAAUUGGGAAGUUGAUGGUAGACAGGAGCCAAUGGAGAUCCGAGAUGGAGGGGUCAGGAAUAGGGGGUGUGUUGGAUGGGGAAAAGACAAGCGGCAGAAGGAACAGAAUCAGAUGAGUUAACAACAGAGAAGGUUUCAGAGAUGAAGAGAUCUGUAGAGCAUGAAAAAGGAA